CAUCUACCCUCCACUCCUGUGCGCACUCUCAUUCAUAUCUACUUCUUCAUGAAUUACAGCUGAAAGGGUGGGUAGGGGGGAAUACCAAAAAUAACACCCCAGCAAACCUCCGGGCCCCCAGGCAUGGCCAGCUCGUGUGCUGUUCAGGUGAAGCUGGAACUGGGGCACCGAGCCCAGGUCAGGAAGAAACCUACCGUGGAGGGCUUUACCCACGACUGGAUGGUGUUUGUUCGAGGACCUGAGCACAGUAACAUUCAGCACUUUGUGGAGAAAGUCGUUUUUCACUUGCACGAAAGCUUCCCUAGGCCAAAAAGAGUGUGCAAAGAUCCACCUUACAAAGUAGAAGAAUCUGGUUAUGCUGGUUUCAUUUUGCCAAUUGAAGUUUAUUUUAAAAACAAGGAAGAACCUAAGAAAGUUCGCUUUGAUUAUGACUUAUUCCUGCACCUUGAAGGCCAUCCACCUGUAAAUCACCUCCGUUGUGAAAAGCUAACAUUCAACAACCCUACAGAGGAGUUCAGAAGAAAGCUGUUGAAGGCAGGAGGGAGAGAAAAAUGGAGGCACCAGGCACUUAGCCUACCCAUUCUGGAGCCAAAGGCCUUUCCUUCUGCAGUAAAGAAACAGAAAUGGAAGAUAAUGGUAAUGUCUGACGGAACGUCGGUUCCUUCAGGACAAAGUCUUAACCUCCCCAGCCUCCCCAGUAAUUCUUUGUCUUUUUCUGAUGUGAAGAAGAAUAAGUCAUCUCAUGGUUCAAAGGACCUAAAUAGGAAUAUCCAUAUGAAUAGCAGCAGUAACAGUUUUUCAAAGCCCCACAAGUUAAUGAAGGAGCACAAGGAAAAACCCUCUAAAGACUCAAAAGAGCAUAAAAGUGCCUUCAAAGAACCUUCCAGGGAACACAACAAAUCUUCCAAAGAAUCCUCUAAGAAACCCAAAGAAAACAAACCCCUAAAAGAAGAAAAAAUUGUUCCUAAGUUGGCCUUCAAGGAACCUAAACCCAUGUCAAAAGAAUCUAAAUCUGAAAAUAACUUACUUACUCUCACAGGCGGGCAGCAGCAAGACAAGAAGGCACCUAGUAAAAGGCCCUCUAUUUCAGAUUCCGAGGAACUUACAGCCAAAAAGAAGAAGAAAAACACCUCAGAGGCUUUAUUUAAAAGUUUUUCUAGUGCUCCCCCACUGAUACUCACUUGUUCUGCUGACAAAAAACAGAUAAAAGAUAAGUCGCAUGUCAAGAUGAGUAAAGUCAAAAUGGAAAGUGAGGCGACAGAGAAGAAGAAAUCGAGUUUGCCACUGUUUGAUAAUAUUGUGGAUCCCAAUGACUCUGACAUGGAGGAAAACCUGUCUUCAAAAUCUGAAUUCUGGUCACCUGGGAAGAUGCCAUGGGAAUUUCCAGCUUGGCUGAAGAUGGCAACGCAUCAAGAUUUCUUCGAGCCCAUGGAAACCAGCCCUGUCCAUCUCUUUAAACCUGCGGAGCAAGGGGCUGCACACCUGCGAUCUAAGACAGGAAGUGGCAAUCUGUCUGAGCAACCUAGCCCAACAAGUUCUGGAUCCAGUUCCAGCUCCAGCUUUACACCUUCUCAGACAAGACAACAAGGUCCCUUAAGCUCUAUAAUGAAAGAUCUGCAUUCUGAUGACAAUGAAGAAGAAACAGAAGGAGAAGAAAAUGACAAUGACUCCGAAAUGGAGAAGGCUGUAAAUUCUCAAGGAGGAGCCAGAAGUCACAGGGUUAGUUUAAGUGAUGGCAGCGACAUUGAGAGCAAUUCUACCUCUUCACCCUUACACCAUGAUUUACCACCUCCUUUAUUAAAAGCCAACAACAACCAGAUCUUAGAAGUGAAAAGUCCAGUGAAGCCAAACAAAUCUGAUAAGCCAACGAAGAAUGGUGAUUGUGAUAAGGCAUACUUGGACGAAUUGGUGGAGCUUCAUAGAAGAUUAAUGACACUGCGGGAAAGACCCGUUCUUCAGCAGAUUGUAAACCUUAUAGAAGAAACUGGACACUUUCAUAUCACGAACACAACCUUUGACUUUGACCUUUGUUCGCUGGACAAAUCCACAGUACGUAAACUACAGAGUUACUUGGAAUCAUCUGGAACAUCCUGAGGAUCCAGAACAUGUCUGCAUCCAAAACUGUUGGAAUGGGGUUUUUUUUGGUUAUUUUUGUCCUUAUGAAAUACUCCUAAAUAAUGCAGCCAAAAGGAAAACAUAAAAACGGGACAACCUUC